ACCAAAAACAUAGCGAAGCCAAAUCACCACCCGUUUUUGUUAAGCCUUUUCUUCACUCUCUCAACGAAACAGCUGAAAUUUCGGUUCACAGGUAAUUUCUCCAAAACCCCGAUAGCCCGGAGCAUCCGAAACGAUAAAAGUUGCGGGUUUUGAUUAAUAUUCGGUUGUAGUAGGAAGUGUUGGGAGAUGCCAACCGCGGCGGGGUCAGCAUCGCGGACGGGACGGGCUCAAGCGGUGGGCUCUGACAUGGGACCGAUGAUGCAAGCUGUGCCGGAGAUUCCUGACGUCUUGACUAAGGACACGAUCAUUUCUUGGUUCCGAGGGGAAUUCGCGGCUGCCAAUGCCAUCAUCGAUGCUCUUUGUGGUCACUUGGCUGAGCUUCAAGGAGGUGGAAGAUCGGAUUACGAAGCGGCGUUCACGGCGAUCCACAGGAGGAGGCUGAACUGGAUCCCGGUGCUGCAGAUGCAGAAGUACCACUCCAUUGCUGAUGUGGCGGAGGAGCUGAAGAAGGUGGCUGACAAGAACACCGUAAGAGGAGAUAGAUUGGAGAAGGAGGACGUGAAACGUGGUGGUUGUUUGGAUGAUGAGAAGGAGAAAGUUGCCCAGAAAAUCAUGGAAAAUGGAGGAAAUGGGGAAGUUGGCGGCGAAGAAGUAGAAGAUUCCCCUGACAGUGAUACUACUGAUUCAGGAUCUCAGGAAGUUCAGCAUGUCGAGGAAAACAUCGACAUUUGUUCUAACCACGACAAAUGUGAUGGCCGCACUUCUCAGAUCAAGUUGACGAAAGGCUUUUCCGCCAAAGAACAUAUAAAAGGCCACAUGGUGAAUAUUGUGAAAGGAUUGAAGUUGUAUGAGGAAGUGUUUACCGACUUAGAGCUGGCUAGGCUCAGUGAGUUUGUGAGUGAGCUUCGAUCUGCUGGCCAUAACGGUGAACUAUCAGGUGAAACUUUCAUUUUAUUCAACAAACAAAUUAAAGGAAACAAGCGAGAGCUUAUUCAGCUUGGUGUUCCUAUUUUUGGACACGUUAGGGAGGAUGCCAACUCAACAAUCGGUAUAGAACCAAUUCCAGCUGUUCUCCAAGGUGUUAUAAAACACCUGAUCCAGUGGCAACUUAUACCUGAAUAUAAGAAACCAAAUGGUUGCAUCAUUAACUUCUUUGACGAGGGUGAAUACUCGCAGCCGUUUCUUAAACCGCCACAUUUGGACCAACCAGUCUCCUCGCUUCUGCUCUCUGAAUCAACAAUGGCCUUUGGGCGCACUCUUGUGAGUGAUAGUGAAGGCAACUAUAGGGGGGCACUCAAACUUUCAUUGAAAGAAGGAUCUCUUCUAGUAAUGAGGGGAAACAGUUCUGACAUGGCAAGACACGUCAUGUGCUCAUCUCCAAGCAAGAGGGUUAGCAUUACAUUCUUCCGAGUUCGACCUGACACCAACCAAGUUCAUUCACAACCAACUGCUCCCCAGGCUGGUCCAAUGACACUAUGGCAACCUAGUGUACCAGUUCCAUGUGAAAUGUCAAAUGGAGCUCUUAAUGGCUAUGAGGCCGUGGAUAUGAUGCCGAAACUGGGAGUCCUCCAAAGUCCUGUAGUCAUGCUAACUCCUGUGACUCCGAUGGUAAUGAGCCCCAAGAAACUUCCUCGUGACGGUACGGGUGUCUUCUUGCCCUGGAUCAUUCGAUCACAAAAGCUUACUAAACACCUUCCACCCCGUGUUCAGAAAGGAAACAUGCUCGCAUUGCCUCCUGUUGAAACAGAUAUAGCACAAUCAACUUCUGAUCAACGUUAAAACGAAAUCCGGUAUAAGUUAAGCAUUGAUUCUUGCGGCUUAAGUACUGUAAGAGUUGGUUUGUUUUUUCCCGUCAUUUUUUCCUUUCACUCUUUUCCACAGCAAAGUUAGGUUCAAUCAAUUCGUGGUAGGGCUUUAGAGGUAGCAGAGCUUUUAAAAGUUGGGAGUGUGAAUUUGCUCUACUGACAGGGCAUUAAUUUUGUAUUAAGUUAUUAAUCUUCAGACAA